GAUUCACGAAUCACGGCUAAUAUAGAAGAUAUCUUCCGAGUCCGUGCAUACUACGUACGAACAACACCCAAAUUUUGGAGGAAAACGGAAUAAAAUUUUCAAACUUCAGCAGUUUUUCUAUCGAAAUGUAUUCCAAUCAUUCAUCUGAUCCCAGAAGACCGGACAAAGAGCAUAGGUACAAACCAAAAGCUGUCAACAGUGAUAAUCAAGCUCUAACACCCGGUGAAGAUUUGACGUCUGAUUAUAUGAAUAUUUUGGGUAUGAUUUUGAGUAUGUGUGGAUUAUUAAUGAAGUUUAAAUGGGCAGCGUGGUGUGCAAUGUUUUGUUCAUGUAUAAGCUUCGCAAAUUCUAAAGCAUCUGAUGACAACAAACAAAUCUUUAGUAGUUUCAUGCUUUCCAUGUCAGCAAUUGUUAUGUCUUAUUUACAAAAUGCACAUCCAAUGACACCACCAUGGUCUACAGCGUUUGGAUAAGAAUUUGGAUUUACAAACAAAAAUAAAAAUAAUGAUUUAUAUUUAUUAGGGUUUACUAAUAAUACAUCGAUUAUUUUGUCAAAACUAUAAAAAUAAAAAAUAUUUACAUUGUUAAUAUUAUUUAAAUAAAACUCUAAUCCAGGAAUUUAACUUAUUAUAUUUAUAAACUACUUGAAAAUUAUAACAUAAUCUUAAAAAAA